AUGCUAGCUACCGUCGCUCGGGAGCACCACCCUAGACACCGCCGGCGGGCGCAGUGGGAGACAUAUAAUCCUGUAUCGAUAAGCGAUAUAGGGGAUCAUCUAGGCCAGCAAGGCCAGGGAGGCAGUACCUAUAAUCUCUUUACCGCACCGGGGUCACAGGCCACAAGCAACCCACAGCGCUCAGCGUAUAGGCGGCUACUGCAGCAGAGCAGCCGAGAGUUCUUUAGCACCUUGACCCUUAACGCUCUAACCUAUCGUCAUUUAAUUAUCGCGAUUACUAAAAAGCAUCUACAGACGCAGACCACAGUAGUAGACCUACACUCUGCCGCAGAGGCGUUGGACAACGUCUUUGCCGUGCAGGCCGGGCACAGCGCCUCCGUUAACCGCCAGAUCUAUGCUGUUGAGAGCGCUCAGCCACUUCAGCUACAGCCAGAGCUGCUGCAGCUCUACCGGCACACCUCUCAUCUAUAG